UGCCCUGAGGGUAACCACAGAGGAGUCACUGGCUGAUUGCAACACUACAGGUGAUCCUGCUCACCCAGCCCCACCCCCAGCCCCAUGCCAACAACCCAAGGUUAAUUGAGUCUAGUCUUUUGUGCUCAGUAACUUCCUGCUUUCGUUUUUGGGGAUGUGUGGGCUCCAGCCCCGCACAGCUUAACCUCAGCCUCCCUGCGUGUUCCAGUGCUUCAGGCUCUGCUCCAAGAAUCCAGGCAGAGCCUCUUCAACUCUGUGUGGGAUGCUGGGUCAGCAUGUUCGCCAGUUUGGUGAGAAACUAGCCCGAAGGCGGCCAGUGGAGCCCAGGAACGGGUCUGAGAUUUCCACACCUCAUCUAAACAUCUUCAGCCUAGUGGUCUUUGGUGUGAACAGAACCCUGAGGGUUGGUGUGUACAUCCUGGCAGGUGUGGUGGCCGUGUAUGUAGCUGGACCUGCGAUCAUCAUCUCCCUCUUGGUGGCUGGCGUAUUUAACCUGUUGUCUGGAUUCUACCUCGCUGAGUUGGGGGCCUGGGUACCCCGCUCUGGUUCUGUGUAUUUUAACAGCUACGUGACAAUGGGACAACUGCAUGCCUUCAUCACUGGCUGGACCCUCAUACUGCCUUUAGUCCUUGCCACAGCCUACUUGACCAGGGCCUGGAGCUACAACUUUGACAGCCUGAUUGGGAACCACAUCUCACAAAAAUUAGAGGAAAUUUUCUCUGAGCAUAUGCCCUCCUUCCUGGCCCCAUACCCAGACUUUGUUGCGCUGGCCCUGGUGCUGGUGAUGGCUGGGCUACUGAUUCUGGGAGUACAUGGUGCAGCCCUGGUUAGCAAAGUGUCCGCAGGCUUCAAUGUUUUGCUGCUCAGCUUCAUCACCCUCUCUGGCUUCAUUAAGGGAGAUCUGCACAACUGGCAGCUCACAGAACAGGACUACAAACUGGCCGCAUCUGGAUCCUCUGACAGCUAUAGCCUGGGCCUUCUGGGUUCUGGAGAGUUUGUGCCCUUUGGCUUUGAAGGGAUUCUCCGAGGAGCAGCAUUGCCUUUCUACUCAUACUUUGGUCUCAAUGCCAUUGUCACUAAAGGGAGAGAAACCCCCAACCCUCAGCGUUCCAUCCCUUGGAGCCUAGGGAUCAUCAUCUCCAUCUGCUUUUUGGCCUAUUCUGGUGUCUCAGCAGCUCUCACCCUCAUGGUGCCCUACUACCAGGUUCAUCCUAACAACCCCUUGCCGCAGGCUUUCCACCAUGUUGGCUGGGCUCCUGCUGGAUACUUUGUGGCUGUUGUCAUCCUGUGUGCUCUUUUUUACAGCCUCCUGCUUGUCAUGUUGACCAUGUCUCGGUUGAUUUGUGCAAUGGCAGAGGAUGGGCUCCUUUUCCGGGGACUUAGCCAAACCUAUGCCCGAAGAGGCACCCCCAUCGUGGCCAUCCUGGUUUCUGCAACUCUUUCAGGGAUCCUGGCAGUACUUUUCGAGAUCUUUCAUUUAUUGGAACUCAUGUCAAUUGGGACCCUGUUUGUUUACUUCCUCGUGACUUUUUCUGUCCUGGUCCUCAGGUACCAGCCAGACCAGAACUUCAGCAAGAAGGAGAAGGUAUUGGAGGAAAUUGAGAUGGAGCCUAUAGUUGGAGCAAGUCCUUUGGAAUCUGUACCUGAAGCAGGAACCUCAAACCCUCUAAAGAGUCUGUGUAACCCUAUCAGCACCACCCCCACUCGGAAAUCUGGCCAGAUUGUCUAUGGAUGUGCCUUCCUGCUGGUUCUCCUGCUGACCAUCCUGAGCCUGCUUCUGGCCCUGUGGCCCAGCCGCGUGUUCUCUGGAGACCCCGGGUUCACAGCAGGGGCUGUGCUGCUGCUGCUGCUCAUUGCGGGGAUCACCGCCAUCAUUUGGAGGCAGCCCCAGAACCCUUCUCCUCUUCCCUUCAGGGUCCCUGCUCUGCCCAUCCUCCCAGUGCUGAGCAUCUUUCUGAAUGUCUACCUGAUGAUGCAGCUGUCCUCUGUGAUUUGGGCCGAGUUUGGCAUCUGGAAUGCUGUUGGAUUUGCCAUAUACUUUGGAUAUGGGAUCCGACACAGCUUGGAGGAGAAGAGGGAUCCACAGCUACCAGCCUCCACCUCCCAGACUCUGCAUGAACACACCCCUGGUGCUGAAUCCUCUUAGCCACAGGAAGAAGAUGCUGUGUGUUUCCCUGCAAACCCUGCAUGUGUUUUCUUGUUCAAGCGACACCGUGAUCUUCUGUGGUGUGUGAGUGGGUUGCAUUUAGAGCCCUGUUUUCAUUGACAGUGGACAAAAUCAUUUUAAUAUUGUGUAAUUUUUUUUUUUUGUCUUUUUGCUAUUUCUUGGGCCACUCCCGCGGCAUAUGGAGUUUCCCAGGCUAGGGGUCUAAUC